AUGAACUACAAUGAAGAGCCAAAGAAACAGGAUCAUCAGUUGUCAAGCGUCAUCAUCCUGACGCCUUCACCCCUGACACUGGAGGGCAGCAUUGGCCAGACACUUCCUGCCGAGUCCGAGGAUCGCAGUGGCAGUAUACUGAGCUACAGCUGGUCCAAGAUGAUGGGCAAGCAGCCGCGGAAGGAACAGACGUCGCCAGAGGAGAGCCACGCGCAAGAACAGACGAAGAGCAUCUCUGCGCAAUUACCGACAUGGGGCAGCGAGCAGGAUGCACUGCAGGAGAAAAGUGUACUUCCAGGUCCUGAUGAGCAGAGUGAUAUGGAAGCACCAGUGGCGAAACUCAGUCACCAGACGGUAGCAGAGGAGAGUGAUUUACGACAACAACUCCUCAAAAUGGACGAGCCGUUGGUGACCGAGAGAACACCGCGGCCAAUAUUAAAAGAAGGUGGCGUACAAACAAGUAAGGAAACAGUUGAGUUAAAAGAAGGUGGCGUACAAACAAGUAAGGAAACAGUUGAGUUACUGUCACAAGAGAAUAAGGCAAAAGCACUACAAAAGGAUGCUGGUAUGCAGACUCAACGGAAGAAAAGAGACGUCAAACCCCCACUAAAGGAAAGUGCUAUUCAAACGAAGCAGUUACAGGAAAGGAUUGACAAAGAAUUGUUACUUGAAAGAGGGGCCCACGGAUCUCCUCCACGGAAGCGGCCACAGAGAGUGCAAGAGAAAAGAGAGAUACGCAGGCCUUUAAAGAAGAUCGAGGAAGAAAAGACGCUGAAGGACCACAAGCCUAAGUUCCAGCCAAAGAAAGAGGGCGUGCAAGGUGCACCGAAAAAGGGAGGCAACUUGUUACCAUUACAACAGCGUCAAGGUCGAUCUUCACCGGAGAGCGGCCACACGCAGGCACCACUUAAGCAAACUCAGGAUCAACAGAUACCUAAGAGUGACUUCCAAGAGCCUUUAGAAGACACUAAAACGCAGCCAGUUACAUCACGUGUAAGGACCGAGACAACGAGGGGGCCAAACCUGAUCCUCGUGCCGAUGCAGAAGAAUGAACACCAGACAGUACCAGAGCAGGAAGAGACUGAGGUGUUUGUGGAGAAUUAUGACACUCAGUCAGUGCCAGAAGAUGGAGAAGGCCACACAUUGCCGAAAGUCAAAUCAAUACAGGAGUCACAGGAAAUACCAGAGCAAACUCACGCUGUCAAAGACGUCGAGAGUGUCCGUGUGGAAAGCGAGAGCAUGCUGGCAGAGUCGAAGAGCAGCUGUACGCAGGCAUCGAUGCUGUGGCUGCGAGGUCUGCAGCGGCUAACGCAACAGCUGCAGGCAGCGCCUAAGCUGUCAGAAGCUUCCAUCGCAGCUCCGCAGGUCGAUGCUGUCGGUGAGCAACCAAAACCAGUCCAGGAAGACAUCAGACCGAAGGUGUCUUUCGUGGCGGACGUCAGCGUGAGUAGCGGCAGCUUGCUCAGCUGCACCGUGAACACCAUGCUUACUGCCUCCAGUUCGUCCAUCAUUUCAGAAUUUAAAAGACGGAAACACUUUGACAGCUAUGGCGGAGACAAAGACAGUGCGAAAUUCGCCAGCACAGCAGCAGAGGGCACGGGUGAUACCAGGCCUGUUGUUGGCGGAGCUUCCGGUGACUCUCAACUGAUUCAACAGGAGAAAGAGUUUGGAGAAACAUCUUCCAUUGCAUCGGAGUUCCACUUCGAGGAGGACAACUCUAUUCAGGAAGAGACAGAAGUCACGUCAGAGAAAGGCGAGGACGAAACGAGCCAUCCUGAGCAGGUCCCGCAGCAAAAGAAGACUAGGCCAUCAGUGAGGAAGUGCAGGCCCAAAGCACCUCCAAACAGACGCAGACCAGGAUCGCCAUUAAUGGGGGGCGUAGGUGAGACAUUACCAACGGAUGCAGCCACUGGAACUCUUCUAAAGCAGGAACGCACUCCAAUACAGCGGAAGAACAUCGGCACUCAGACACUCAAAAGGAAGCACGUGUCUAGAGUACUGACGAAGAAAAGAGCAAUGCAUAAGAUGAUAGAGGAAAGGCUGGAUGAAGAGCCGGAAGAGCAGAGUGAAGUGACUGAGGAGAAGACGAAGAAUCUGGAUGAGGAAUCCAGCACAGAGGCGGAACAAGAUCUGGUGGUAACUCCUGCUGUUGAGAGCAGCAGGAAAAGCAGUGGCAUAGCGACGCCGGCGAAACGCAGUAGCUGGACGCACACGUACACUUCCUGGCUGCAGAACCAGCAGCAGCUGCACGUAACUCGGCUGGAGGACGACGUCCCCGAACAGCAGUCGCCUACUGCUGAAGAGGAAGGCUUCUUGAGCACUGUGCGUCUGAGUUCGCCCAGCCAUCAUUCAGUAUCUACAGUGCCAAGUCACACAGGACAGCAGACUGAGCAGUCGGAAGCAAGCAGAUCGCCAUCGAGGACCAGCACUCUGCAGGACUGGCAGCCAUCUCUGGAGGACUUGGAUGACGAGCUCCUGACAGACGACGGUGCACCACCCAUUGACAGGCUGCCAUCAAUCGUCCCAUCGUACACCAGCAUGCAGAGCGGGAGGUAA